AUGUUUCCGAACUAUGGCAAUUGUAUAUUUUUUGUUUUUGUGCUAAGUGUUUUCGGAAAUAUCGCCGAGGCCAAAUUAUUUGAAGAAAAUACCAAAUUUUGCCUCCGAACAGAACCGAUGCUAUUGGCCGAUAUUGAAAAGCAUAAAAGUCCCGAGGGACACAAUAAGUCAUGUGAAAUUGUGGCAACGCUAUUGACAUCACUGGAAAAGGAAAGCUUCCGCAAUACAAUGUGCAAGGAUCAUGGCAGUUCGCACAAGGAUGCCUUCUAUUUUUUGAAAUUCUAUAAUGGCGAUUUGAUUGGCCGUGGAACAUAUCACGAAAUAUGUAAGGGUGAAAAGAAUCCCCUACUGGCAUGGAUACCCUAUGAAAUGAUGCAGACGUAUUAUGCUCAGGAAUUGAACCCAAAGGAGCGUUUAAAUUAUAUGGCCAAGGCCACAGAUGUUUCCCGUGAAAAAACGGAACUGUGUCAUUUUCGUCAUUCCGAUUUGGUCGAGAAAAUACCGGAUAAUUUAUUCACCUGCGUGGUGAUGAUAUUUGAAGAUAAUUUUUAUGGUCUUGAGUCCAGUAUUAAUGUUCUUGUCGAAAUCAAACCCCUGAUGUAUGAGCUACGCAAUGUGACGUUUAUGCCUUGGGUUAAUUCCACGAUCAGUUAUAAAACACUGCUGGGCCGUACCUACCUAAAAAAUCCCAGUCGGGAGCGGAAACAAAUCUAUGGCAAUUUCAAUUAUGAAUAUGUGGAGAAGGUGGAACUGAAUCUUAGUUCCAUUUAUAAAAAUGGUAUGCGGAAAUUGCCAUUGUUGUUCGAAAAUAAAAAUGCCGUGCUGAAGAUCGAUGACAAGGGCAUUGGAGGUAUGGAUGUUAAAGAGAAAGCCUAUUUUGGUCGUAAAAUGGAACCGAAGACCAAGGUCCGCGUCGACAUCAUUGGUCAAUGGGCGGAGGAUCGUCAGGAAUUCUCUGCCGACAUCUACGAAUAUUUCGGUUAUGGUGUCAAGCGAUUCUACAGAGAAAUGCAGAACGGCAAUGUCACCUUUAUGCGUAUCGAAGGUACCGAACCGGUCUAUGAAAUGCCUGAGGAGGAUGAUAUUGUAGUGCCACAAAUCCAUUCGAUAGAUGGUAAACGUUUUGAACGUUUAACUGAGGCGGAUGAUGAUCUGUAUGCGGGUUACAACGAUACCGAUGGUGAUUUUACGGAUCUGGAGGGUCUUUUCGAGGAGGAUGAAAUGAAUGUGGAUGGCCUGCGGGAUGAUACGGAGAGUGAGAAUAAUUCGAAUAGUGGUUUCUAUCCAUGGUUUAUUUUGGUGGUAUUGAUUGUGGGUGGUCUACUUGUGGGUACGGUUUAUUUGGUCGCACGCCAUUAUAGUUCACGCGAUGAGCGACGAAGAUAUAAAUUUACAGGAAUAUGA